AUGGCAUCAACUAUAAAUAACUUCAGCUUGUUAUUUGUGCUAAUUUCUCUUCUUAUUCAUGGUGUUAUUUCUAUAAAUUAUAAACAAGCCUUAAGCAAAUCUUUGCUAUACUUUGAAGCUCAAAGAUCUGGCAAAUUACCUGCUCAUCAGCGAGUUACAUGGCGCGGUAACUCGGGUCUUAAAGACGGCCAGGAUGCCGGUGUGGAUCUAGUAGGAGGAUACUAUGAUGCAGGAGACAACGUUAAAUUCGGAUUUCCAAUGGCAUUUACAGUAACCCUACUUGCAUGGGGUGUAGUUGAGUAUAGUUCUCACUUUGAGGCUCAUAAUGAACUCCAUAAUGCAUUAGCUGCUAUCAAAUGGGGGACUAAUUAUUUCAUCAAAGCUCAUCCGCAACCAAACCUCCUCUAUGCCGGCGUCGGCGAAGGAAGCUCCGAUCACCAGUGCUGGGAGAGGCCUGAGGACAUGACCACGCCGAGGCCGGUUUUUAAGAUCGACGAGCAAAACCCUGGCUCCGACUUGGCUGCUGAGACCUCGGCUGCUCUUGCGGCUGCUUCUAUAGCUUUCAAGCAUGUUGAUAGUAAAUAUUCAUCCUUGCUUCUUGUUCAUGCAAAACAGCUAUUCAAUUUUGCAACAAGUCACCAAGGAAAAUAUUCGGAUAGUAUUCCAUCAGCUGCACAAUUCUACUCGAGCAGUGGUUUCCAGGACGAGUUAUUAUGGGCAGCUGCAUGGCUACAUAGAGCUACUGGAGAGAAAGGCUACUACGACUUCUUGGGGAACUUUCAGGGUAGUGGUGGAACGAGAUCCAUGUUUUCUUGGGAUGACAAGUUUGUUGGUGCCCAAAUUCUUAUUGCUAAGCAAAUUUUAGAGGGAAAUGUUCAAAACUCAGGAAAAUGGGGAGAAUACAAAAGUGAAGCAGAGCAAUUUCUUUGUAAUUGCAUUGAAAAGGGCAACACCAACAUUUAUAAGACAAGUGGUGGAUUAUUAUGGUUUAAUGAUUGGGAUAAUCUCCAAUACACAUCAACUGCUACCUUUGUCAUUACAAUCUAUGCUGAUUACCUCUUUGCUUCUGGAAAAUCCCUUAAUUGUCCGUCUUCUUUGGUCAAUCCACCUGACCUCAUUGCUUUUGCUAAAUCACAGGUUGACUACAUACUAGGAGCCAACCCAAAGAACACAAGCUACAUGGUUGGAUAUGGGUCAAACUACCCACAACAAGUGCAUCAUAGAGGAUCUUCAAUUGUAUCAAUCAAGAAGGAUCCCACACCAGUUGGGUGCAAAGAUGGGUUCACCAAUUGGUUUAAUAAAAACCAACCUAACCCAAAUGUUUUGGUCGGAGCAAUUGUAGGUGGACCUGAUAAAAAUGAUAAUUAUGUUGAUCAAAGAAGUGAUUAUCAGUUGGCUGAACCUGCUACCGCUAAUUCUGCUGGCCUUGUUGGGGUGCUUGCUAGGAUCAGUUAAAAACUUGAUUAAUAAAACCUGCUUUCUUCACUUCAUGCAAAUUAACUUAGUGAGAUUAAGUUGGCUUUUAGAAAUUAAAUAGUCUCAAUUAUGCACAUGUAAUAAGUAUUGGCUGAAUAAUAGUAUGAAUAUAAAUGAUAUUGUUAUCAUUUAGAUGUUUACUCCAUUAAUCCCUCAAGUUUUCGACACAAGAACCUUAGCAAAUUUUAAAAUUGCAAUGGCAUAUCAUUCUUGUUCUUGAAGACGUUAACAAACUCGGUAUUUGAUACAUUUCUGCAUCACU